UAGCGCUUGCAACAACCUUUUCCCGCGAUUUACGGUUUCUUUCUCCGAGUAUAGUGUGUCCCUUUGAAAGCAUCGCCGCGACAUCUCCGCGUCAGCGCAGGCAUGCCCAGUGUAGCGUGCACGGCUUUGAAGGCCACCAUGCCUCGCGCCAGCUACUCGACGAGCGCCAGCGGAGCCUGCUCGCCCAUCGACUACGCGUCCAGCCCGGUCGGAGUGUGUACACCCGGACGAAAGCCGCAGGUCGUCAAGAGCACGCUCAGCUACCUGGACCUGGCGGUGCCCAGGAGUGCAGGCGAGGCCUCUCCCUCAAUGGGCGGUUCCGAGCUUCCAGGCAGCACGAGCAGCAGCAUCACCAGGUUGGCCAGGACGUGGGCACACGACCUCUCGGCCGACGCCAGGAGGAACCGGAAGUUGGCGGGGGUAGGCGCAUCCGCUUCCGGUUCGUCCGCGGCGUACUGCGCGCCGGCCAAGGUGGCCAUAGUGAUCCAACUCGAGCUGCUGACCGACCGGCCGCUCCGGCUGAGUUCACUGACAAGCGCCGAGCACCAGGGUCCCGCCCUUCUGGAGCCUGCGGCGUUCGAGCGCGCCGCCGCCCGCAAGCAGAACCGGGCGGCGCCGCAGCGGCAAAGCCAGCUCCGGUUUACCGGCACCACCCGGACCGUUACAAGCGAGGCAGUCGGGUACCGGCACAGAUCGUCUGCUUCUAGUGGCAGUUCGUCGUCUGUCGGCAGCAGCGGUUCCACUGAUCCAAAGGAGCCUCCCAAGUGAGGACAAUAUUCGUGAUGCUGCCAAACCAUCAGCCGCAGCCGAUACAUGAUGGUGCGCCCUUUUCCAAGCGAGCUGCGUAUGUCAAGGGGUUGCAUGUCUUCACCACCCGAGUGUCCUGUGCCGGGUAACGAACAGCCCAUCCGACACCCGUGAACCGCUCGCAUUCACACCCAUCUGGACUGCAAAAGCUACCCGGCACAUGCCAUCUCAGUGCAGCAGCCAAAUUAAACUGCCUGCACCAAGCACCUGCUGCACAUUCUCGCGUUGUCGGACGGAGAAAAGACUACGAAUAGAUUCAUCCACAAAUGUGCAUUCCUCUUGAUGUUUUUGCAUCCUACAGCCUAGAACUUGUAUCUAAACAUGCGGCCUGUGGGUCACAUUGCCAUUCCUGCCUUGUUUUGAAACCUUGGGCCACUCAUUACCAGAUUAUUACCGUUGUGCUAAUGCGUUUGUGCAAGAUGUGCGUGGUGUAAAAAAAAACCUUUCGAACGUUGUCAUUAGUAGCAUGUCGUAAGUAAUGGAUGUUAUCGUAUGCAUGCCAUGAACACUGCAAUACAUUCUCAAACCAGAGCAAGUGCUACCAACUACUCCGGAAUGUACAAGGCACAAAAAGUAGCAUGGAUUGAUCAGCUGUUAUUUGACAGCUGCUGAUGCUGCUUGCUUCUUUUGUCACUGAUGUGUCACUUCCCUUUAUGGGGCACAAGUUUGUCCAUAAAAGUUUUUUUUUUUUUUCGAUUCCCUCUUACUGCAAGAGUCCUUGCUUGUGCACCAUCUGUAAUUACCGCAUGGCAAUGUGCAGGCUUUGAUUAACUCAUGUUGCAGCUCAGACAGUCCUCACAAAUAUUUUACGCUAUGCCAAACUUGUCAAGCCUCAAUAACCCUACCUACCGCAGCCCUCAAAUGCAUGUAGCCUCUGUAUAACUACCUACGUACACUGUAAGCAGCCUGACAACUGACAAUAAUUGUGCAUUUCGAGACACCACCCCCUCCCGACUAGAUGAUCAUGAGCUAUGCUAGCUAUACAUGCAUGCGAGGCAUGCUGCAGAACAUUUGCCAGCAAAUUUCUUAAUCUCUGAGCUCCACCUAGUGCUCUGCCAUCCUUAACUACGAUUCCCUUCCCUUGCAAAGCAAUGCAUGACAAAGAACUCCACUAGAUAUCAGCUCUAAGUAUUACAAGGUCCACCCGGCUUGUACUACCGGGAAGCCAAUCGAAGACAUUGGAUUCCCGUAGUUCCUAAUACACGCUGCCAUUUUCACAUUUCUUGUUAUGCUAAUAGGAUGGCUCAAUGGAAUGAAAGAUUAUAGGUGCAACAUUAGUACGGACUAAACAGCUGAUAUUCUAGUUGUGUGAGAAAGUGGAAAGAAGUGGAGUUGGGCAGUUCACAUAAUGUGCAAUAUGCAUAUUAGUAGGCUACUGGUGCACAAAUUUAUAUAUAGUGCCACCCAAAUAUGCUUAUUUCAUCACGAUGGCACAAUAUUGUAAAUGCAAUCAACCUCCCUUUACUGGAUCUUGACGGGAUUGAUGAAAUUGAUCGAUUAAAGAAGCACAAACACACCCUACCACCAUUAAUUCAUUAAGCAGCGCUGUAUUUACUUGACCAGCUGGAAAAUGUCCAUCAAAAAUGACACGUGCAUGGGAAUCGAGUACGAAACCAAAAUUGCCAUAAAUGGUGUCCAAAUCCCACGCCUUAAUCUUAAAGGGAGUGCCGUGCCGU